CAGGACCCAUUGAGCCAUCACUGGUCUUGGGGACUCCAGCACAGAGGAGGCACACACAUACAUACACGCUCAGACCACAAACCCUAAUUUACGGACCCUCCUCUUUGCUCGCAUUUCACACCCAACCCCUUAGCAAUCGCCUUCACCCCAAAACCGGUCUUCAUUUCCUGACCUUGUUGUGGACGCGGUUUUCCGAGGGUCUGUGUGGCUCAAUCUCUUUCAUGGGUUUCCGAAAGGUUAGCCCUUUUAGCCUUUAGUUUCUCUUAGACUGAUUUGGAGAGAGAUCCAUGGAAAAAAGUAUCAAUCUUUGAUUCGAUUUGGCGGUUUAGUUAGUUGAUCCUUAUCAGUUUGUUUCAGUUAUUGGAAAAUUAGAUCUUAGACAGUGUAUCUGUGGCUGAGAUUGUAUGACAUUUCGGGAGUGAUAGAAAAAGGGAAGAACUUUAUGUGCUUUAGGUUGGUCUAUCUGAGAAAAAAGUAUAGGGUUUGAGCAGUUUAGUUUUGCUAGUUUUGUGAUGAAUGUGGGCUAACUUGGAAGGAUUGGAGGUUGUUGAUACAAGGUUUGGGGUUGUUUGAGGUGUAGAUAGGUGAGGGAGAAAGGAGGUUGUGAUGUCUUUCAAGAGUAUACUUCAGGAUAUGAAAGGUGAGUUUGGGAGCAUUUCGAGGAAAGGGUUUGAUGUGAAAUUUGGGUAUGGGAUGAGAUCGAGGUCUCACCGGGUGGUUCAGGAUACCUCGUUCAGGAUUGAUGCUUUGAAGCAGAGUUGUUGGGCUAACAUGCCGCCGGAGCUUUUGAGGGAUGUGUUGAUGAGAAUUGAGGCGUCUGAUGAUACAUGGCCUCCGCGGAAGAACGUGGUCGCUUGUGCUGGUGUGUGCAAGAAUUGGAGAGAGAUCAUGAAAGAGAUUGUCAAGUCCCUAGAAGUUUCGGGGAAGCUGACGUUUCCAAUCUCCUUGAAGCAGCCUGGUCCCAGGGAUUCCCUUCUCCAGUGCUAUAUAAAGCGGAGACGUAGCAACCAGACAUAUUAUCUUUUCCUGGGCUUAAAUCAAGCUUCAACUGAUGAUGGGAAGUUCCUUCUUGCUGCGAGAAAGUGUAGACGCCCAACAUGCACAGAUUAUAUCAUCUCUCUGAAUUCUGAAGAUGUGUCAAAAGGGAACAGUGCCUUUGUUGGAAAGCUCAGAUCAAAUUUUCUGGGAACCAAAUUCACAAUCUAUGAUGCGCAACCAACUAAUACUGGAGCCAAAGUCACUAAAUGUCAUUCCUCCAGACUUGUAAAUAUGAAACAAGUGUCACCCAGAGUUCCUGCUGGCAACUAUCCUGUGGCCCACAUUGCUUAUGAGUUGAAUGUCUUGGGUUCCAGAGGUCCAAGGAGAAUGCAGUGUGUAAUGGAUGCCAUCCCUGCCCGUGCUGUUGAGCCAGGAGGUGUGGCCCCUACGCAGACUGAAUUUGUUGAUAGCAAUUUGGAUAGUAUUCCAUCUCUCCCGUUCAUCAGAUCAAAAUCAGGUCAUGCAGAGAGUGUCCAAUCUGGACUACAAUCUAGUCAGAAUGAAGGCAUACUGGUGUUAAGGAACAAGGCACCUAGGUGGCACGAACAACUCCAGUGCUGGUGUCUGAACUUCAAUGGACGAGUAACCGUUGCUUCAGUCAAGAAUUUUCAGCUGGUUGCUUCUCCAGAGAACGGAGUAGCUGCUGGCCCAGAGCAUGAGAAUGUCAUUCUCCAGUUUGGAAAAGUUGGCAAAGAUGUAUUCACAAUGGAUUACCAGUAUCCAAUCUCAGCCUUCCAGGCAUUCGCUAUUUGCCUUAGCAGCUUUGACACCAAGAUUGCUUGUGAAUGAGUGGGAAGCAAGUUACAAUCUAGUACCAGUGUUUGGACUCACAGUGUUUCAACUCACAGUAGUUUGUACUUAAAUGAUGAAAACAAGUUCUUCUCUCAUUUCCGUUUUCAAGAGUGCUUUUGUAUUGUCUAGAUGUUUGAUGACUUGAUCUUACAUUCGCCGCUAAUGAUACAGUCCCUCGAGUCUCCUGUAUUUUCUGGUUUUCAUGUAAUAUGGAUAGCAGACUCAGAAACAGUAAUGUCUUCCAGAAUGUUGGAAAGAGAGACAACGGUUAUGCAAAUUGGAUAUUCCUGACAUAGAAAAGGCUUCAUUGUAAUUAUCACAGU